UGGCAGCGUGAGUGUCUGUCUCAAAGAUGCCUCAGAGAUCUUUCUUACUUGAGUCACGUCACGUCUGUCUCCACGCGAAUGGAUCCACCUGCGCGCGCCAGAGGAGUGACGCUCAUUUCAUAUGUGUGAGGAUCGAACCUGUCGCUGUCACUUCGGCCCGGUGAGCAGAGGUGAGGUGAGAACCUCUGCGCUUUCCUCACACCAGUCAAGAUUUUCCAGCCGGGUUUGAAUGAACUCAUUCAAGUGUGUGAGCCACAUCUUAUAGGACUAUGAAGACCACUCGAAAAUGCCGUGCUCUGCUGUCUGUGGGGUUAAAUCUUCUGGCACUCUUAUUCUCAACGACGGCGUUCAUCACGACCUACUGGUGCGAGGGGACUCAGAGGGUCCCCAAACCCAACUGUAGUAAGGAAAGACGGCAUAAUUGUAUUGACUAUGGGGUGAACGAGACAGACCCGAGUAAAGUUCACUAUAGCUGGGAAACUGGUGACGACCGAUUUAUCUUUAGGCAUUUUCAUACAGGGAUCUGGUACUCGUGUGAGGAGGAUAUCCAUGGAGGAGGUGAGAAAUGCAGGAGUUUUAUUGAUCUGGCCCCGGCAUCUGAGAGAGGUGUCCUUUGGCUGUCAGUUGUGUCUGAGGUGCUAUACAUCAUGCUGCUGGUCGUUGGCUUCAGUCUGAUGUGCCUGGAGCUUUUUCACUCCAGUAACGUGAUCGAUGGACUCAAACUGAACGCCUUCGCCGCAGUCUUCACUGUGCUGUCAGGUCUUCUGGGAAUGGUGGCUCACAUGAUGUACACACAAGUUUUCCAGAUCACAGUCAGUUUGGGACCAGAGGACUGGAGACCUCACACAUGGGACUACGGCUGGUCUUUCUGUAUGGCCUGGGGCUCAUUUACGUGUUGCAUGGCUGCCUCCGUCACCACCCUCAACUCCUACACAAAAACGGUCAUCGAGUUCCGGCACAAACGGAAGCUCUUUGAGCAAGGCCUGCGCGAAGAGCAAACCUUCCUGGAUCCAGAGGCCUUCCAUUACUUCCGUGACAGGUCCGUCCAGUCCAUCUCCAGCUCUAUAGAUGUUUACCCGAGCCACGGAAGCAGCCAUGGGAGCAGUCGCGGGAAAAUGCGCUCCCCUCCGGCUCCAGUGGACCAGAGCGACAACACAGAGUCCCUGGGAGAAGAGCAGUGCUGAGAGGACGUGAACUCAGUACUGCACAGGUGGCCUUGCUCGGACUGGACAACUCAGAAUACUGAUCAACUGGGAUGCGAGGGGUUGGAAUGUUGAAUUCCCUUUUUUGAUACGCAUUAUGAGGGUAAAAAAUAGACAUGAGGAACAGUAUUGAUCGAGGUGUGCCGGUAACAAGCUGAGCCUGAGCGUAGAGAUAUCAGUGAUUGUAAAUAAAAUCAUGAGGAACAUGCACGGGCAGCUGGGAAAACCAUACAACGUACACUGCCGUGAAGACUGAGCAGUGCGUGCAUCAAAGCAUCUGUCGGUCCCUCGCCCUGACAGCAAGACAUGCUCCUGAGUAUUUAUCGAUCUCACACAGUAUGUGAGAUGCCCUCCUCCCUUGGUGAGAUCUGCUUUAAUAUGCCUUCAUGUUACAAACAGCAGAGUAGAGUACCGUUUAAAUCCUGCCUUCAAUACUGCUGCAGCUGAACACAGGAGAAGCACAGCCCAUUUCAGUUGCAACAUCCACUAGUAGGUAUACAAGGUUACUGCCACUUGGAUUUUGCCUGUUUCUGUCCAUUGUCAUGCAUUACUGGCUUGAUUAGCAGCAGUCAGUGAUUGUAAACCCUGACCCCAAAUCAUGUUUUCUUUUGUAAUAUUUGGAACAUCUUAUUAAUGUACAUACGAUGAAUGGAAUUCUAUCUAUUACUGAAUGUACUAAAUUGUAUAUUUAUCUAUGUAUGCACUAUAAUCCUGUCUUUUUCAUUUGAUAAAAGAGGA